CGCCCGGGCAGCGCCUGCGCAGAAGGACGAGGAAACUGGUUCCCUAGCGGUCCGAGCGCCUGCGCGCUGCGGACUCUGGGCUUCCCGGCCUGAGAGAAGCAGGGAAGAUGGCGGCUGUGGUGGAAAAUGUUGUGAAGCUCCUCGGGGAGCAGUACUACAAAGAUGCCAUGGAGCAGUGCCAUAAUUACAAUGCCCGCCUUUGUGCUGAGCGCAGCGUACGCCUGCCUUUCUUGGACUCGCAGACAGGAGUAGCCCAGAGCAACUGUUACAUCUGGAUGGAAAAGCGACACCGGGGUCCAGGAUUGGCCUCUGGGCAGCUAUACUCCUACCCAGCCCGGCGCUGGCGGAAAAAGCGGCGAGCACACCCUCCUGAGGAUCCGAGGCUUUCCUUCCCGUCUAUUAAGCCAGACACAGAGCAGACCCUGAAGAAGGAGGGGCUGAUCUCUCAGGAUGGCAGUAGUUUAGAGGCUCUAUUGCGCACCGACCCCCUGGAGAAGCGAGGCGCCCCAGAUCCCCGAGUUGAUGAUGACAGCCUGGGCGAGUUUCCUGUGACCAACAGUCGAGCACGGAAGCGGAUCCUAGAACCAGAUGACUUCCUGGAUGACCUUGAUGACGAGGACUAUGAAGAAGAUACUCCCAAGCGUCGGGGCAAGGGGAAAUCCAAGGGUAAAAGUGUGGGCAGUGCCCGUAAGAAGUUGGACGCAUCGGUCCUGGAGGAUCGGGACAAGCCCUAUGCCUGUGACAAUAGUUUCAAACAAAAGCAUACCUCGAAAGCGCCCCAGAGAGUUUGUGGAAAACGUUACAAGAACCGACCAGGCCUCAGUUACCACUAUGCCCACUCCCACUUGGCUGAGGAGGAGGGCGAGGACAAGGAGGACUCGCAGCCCCCCACCCCUGUUUCCCAGAGGUCGGAGGAGCAGAAAUGUAAGUUGAGGUAUCAGAGGUGGGCAAGCAGGAAUUGGCCUGGUUACAAAUAG